AUUAAAUGAGUCUUCUAACACUUUAUCAAACUAUAUUUUAAUAAAAAAAUUCAGGAAUUAUUAUUUGCAAUGUUUUCAUUAAAACCUGUCAAGUAUAGUUUUUUAAUAUUUUACAUGGUUUUAUAUACAAAAUCAGAACGAAAUUCAAUGGAAACUACAAAGCAAUUAGAUGAGUUACUAAAGUAUUCCGGAUGGCUAAAUUUAAAUCAUUUGAUCUCCAUAACAUAUUACAAUAAAAGAUAUUAUCUUCAAAAUUUGAUUGAAACACCAACAGUUCCCACUAAAUGUAAUCUAAAAAUAAGAGGUUUGACUAUAUAUCUUGGAUGUAUAUACGCAAAACUUAUGGAUAAUCUAUUAUUAGUAAUUAGCGAAGUCCUACAAAAAUGUAAAAAAAAAUUAUAUGAAGAACAUGACUUUUUAAAAGGACGUAUUUGCACCGAAGAACUCAUAACCAUAAUAUCCUUAUAUAUUGUUCCAUUGGCAACAUUGAUGAAAGGAGCUAUAGAUAAUUUACAUUAUAUGCAUACUUCUCCAUGGACUAUUCAAAGAAAUAAUUACAUGAUAUGUUUAUUAUUAAAGGAAAUACGAAAUAUUUCAGAUAUUUUAAACAAACAAACUUUAUCACGUAAUAAUUUAUCGUCAUACUUUAGGACAUUAGAAACCAUAAAUAGUUUUUUUAAAAACAUAAUAGAAUGUUUACACUGUCAUACUAACAUUUAUUGUAAUUUUGUAUCAUAUAACAGAAAUUAUUUAUGGAAUGAAUGGAAUCGGGAAUAUGCAUCCACUAUAGACAAUGGCGUACCAUUAGAUUAUUUCACCUUCUUAAAUAGAAAAAUUCAGGAUUAUAUCGAGACAAUAAUUAUAGAAAAUUAUUUUGAACUAGGAUUUAAAUUUCAUCCAAUUACUGAAGAAUCUUUUAUACCAACAGCAAAUGAUCCAUUUGAACGAGAAAUGAGAAUUAGUAAAAAGCUUCCAACGCCAGUAAAAAUAGAAAAUUAUUAAAUUUGUAUAAUAAUUAUUCUUUUUUAAUUAAAUAUUUUAUGAUUUAUCAAAAUUUUCAAAACAAUUUUUAUAUCUUUAAAUAAUUAAUUAAAACACAAUUUUAUUAUCUAUCUGAAAUCAUCUGAAUAUUAUAAUCUAAAAUAUGACAUUGGAAAAAAAUUAAAU